AUGGAGCAUCAUAGAUCGCGUCAAUAAAGCUAAGUGAAUUUGAACCUGAUUAAAUAAGUUCUUAGAAGUUGGCUGUGUUUUUUUUGUCUCCACUUAUGGAGUUGGAUCUAGCUCCUCAGGUGCUUAGAAGUUUAAUUCUUGGAUUUUUCAAAAGAGAGAAAAAAUGAUAAAUCCAAGAACAUGUCUUACAUAGUAUUCGCCCUUGGGAAUACUAAUCAUGAAAAUUAUUGGUAAUUUGGGAUUAAACUAGACAAAAGAUUGGAGGAACUUGGAGCGAAUAAGUUCUUUGCUUUAGGAAAAGGAAAUGCAGCCGAAAAUACAACUGAAAAUGAUUAUCAAACUUGGAUAAGUACAGGAGUGGAAGAAACCCUUAUUAAAACAUAUCCUGCAUAGAAAUGUGAUUCGAAAAAGUUUGAAUCAUCAAUUUAAAAGAUCAAAUACACAAAUGAACCUAAAAAUGUAAAUCUUGAAAAUUUGUAUUAGGCAUAAAAAUAUAAAUCUAGCAUUACCUUCACUAUAAAUGAAAUUAGAGAACUAAAGAAGAAACCAACACUGGGAACUCAACUCUAUUUAUGGACCUUGUUGCUGAUAAUAUUAACUAUGUGACUGCAAGUAAUAUAGCCAUUUAUCCAUUGAACUCAGAGUAAUAUUAAUAUUUUACUUAUUAGCCAAGAUAUCAAUGAAUUAUGUAAUUAAAUGAGAUUUGAUAAAAAUAUGAAAAUUGAAGUAAUUAAAAUAAUGAAGCAUCAUCCAUUUCCUAAUCCAAUUUCAAUCUAUAAUUAUUUAUAAAAGUAUAGAAAUAUAUAUUAUAAAUAGGUAUUGUGAUUUUACUGGUUUGAUCACAAAAAAACAAUUAACGGAACUAUCUAAUUAUUUUAAGGAAAUAUGGUAUUAUUAUUUGGAUGCAGAACCGAAGAUGAAUAUUUUUUUGAAGAAGAACUGA